CUUUUGCUUCUGCUUCUGCUUCUGCUUCUGCUUCUGCUUCUGCUUCUGCUUCUGCUUCUGCUUCUGCUUCUGCUUCUGCUUCUUGCUUUUCUGCAUUGCUUUGCUCUCCCUGAAAACCAUAAAACACCAAAAAAACUUGAAAACACAAAACAAUCACCAAAAAAUUGCUUGCUGUUCUGCUUUUGCCCUGAUUUUGUUUUGCUUUUGCUCUGCUUGUCCUGCUUGUUUCGUUUGUUUCGUUUGUUGGGAACUUCGCUUCCCCUACCCUACCUGUGUGCCCAUCUUCCCUUUCCUACGCUCGUGCUUCGUAUAUUAUGCCCAUCUGCCCACUGCUUUUCUUCCCCGUCACCUCGUGCGACCGCAUGCUUAUCCAUUACAUUGCUUAUUUGUUAUUACUUCUGCUUUCCGCGCUGCUUUCUCCCCUGCCCACCCAUCUGCCCAUCCCCCCCUUCCCUCCGCUCGCGUUCUAUAUCUUAUACCCAUCGAAUCUGCCCAUCUUGCUACUUUUCCCCGUCGCUCUUGCAUCGUAAACUUAU